UUGGACAUUGCCCUCUUUUUUAUCGUAAACUAUUUCCGAUUAUUUUACUGAUAUACAUAAACGCUAAAUUAGUGAAUUAUUCUGGUGUGAACUCGAAAGAAUAACGUGUUAAGCCUAUAAAGGUAUUUUAAGUACUCUCGAAAUGAGACUGCUUUUAAAUCUCGCUGUAAAUUCAUGUAAACGUCUACCAUAUUUCAAUGCAAAUCUAUCACAUCACACUCCAUGCUGGAGAAAAAUGGCGACCGAAGUUGAAAAAGCUCAAACUGCAGCUCCCUCAGAAGAUACUAUUUUCGGGAAGAUACUGCGUAAAGAAAUACCUUGUAAUUUCAUUUACGAGGAUGAUCAGUGCGUUGCAUUUCAUGACAUUAACGGCCAAGCACCGGUGCAUUUCCUGGUAAUUCCACGAAAACCAAUUCCACAACUUUCAACUGCCGAAGACGGGGACGAAGCUUUGCUGGGUCAUUUAAUGAUAGUUGCUCGUAAGGUAGCGAAGCAACAAGGUCUCGAUGACGGAUUUCGUUUAGUCAUCAACGAUGGCAAGCAUGGUGCACAAUCGGUCUAUCAUUUGCAUCUACAUGUUCUUGGUGGUCGUCAAAUGAAGUGGCCGCCUGGUUAAGGAAUUUCGUUUCUCUUAAUGUAACGUUAUAUCUAAUUACAAUUGGGGAUUAUAAAAAGUAUCUGUUGUCAUGAAAAUAAUCUUUAACGUAAAAUUCUUCAUGUUCUUGAUGAAUAAAUAAUAUUAUGCCCUUGUCA